GGAAGACUAGGUUUAAAAGGUUGGCAGAAGCUGGGGCUAACAGCAGAAGCUCACCCUGCUCCCUGGAUUCGAACCGCCAACCUUUUGGUCAGCAAGUUCAGCAGCUCAUUGGUUUAACCCACUGUGCCACUAGAUCCAGGAAUCCGAAAUCCCGAAACAGCUGAUGUCCGAGGUGAGUGGCUCGAUCCCUGGAGCAGACUCGGCUGUCUUCCUUUCUCGAGCCUUUCUGGCGGACCUGGCUUUGAUAACGGAGGAGGAUCCUGCACCGCGGACGUCAUGGAAGAAGGGGAUUGUGGGAACGAGGCCCCUCCUGCUUUUCUGGGUCCGUUGACAUUUGAUAGAUGUGGGCUUAAUGGAGGACGAAAGGGAUGCUCGUCCUUUGAAGGAGGAAGUCAUGGAAGGAAAUGACGUGGGAAAUAUGCCGCUUCCAGGUGCAGCGCCCGAUGGUCAUCCUUCCCAGAAGCCAUUUUGGAUAUCUCCAGAGACAAUAAAGCAAGAAGUGAAGGAAGAGGUCUUUCACAAUGAAGAGGAGUCUAUGAAGGAAGAAGUCCAACCCAAGAGAGGAAGGAGGAGAAAGAUGAUUUCUAGGCAGGCUGAUGCCCUAGUCCAGCAACAACGUCCAAAAAUUGAGAGUCCUUCAUGUGGACCCAAAGUGAAGAAGACCUUCUCCUACAAAGUGAACCUUGACUCACAUCAUAGAAGUCAUGCAGUGGAAGUGAACUCACGUCAUAGAAGUCAUGCAGUGGAAGUGAACCUUGACUCACGUCAUAGAAGUCAUGCAGUGGAAGUGAACCUUGACUCACGUCAUAGAAGUCAUGCAGUGGAAGUGAACCUUGACUCACGUCAUAGAAGUCAUGCAGUGGAAGUGAACCUUGACUCACCUUAUAGAAGUCACGCAGUGGAAGUGAACCUUGACUCACGUCAUAGAAGUCAUGCAGUGGAAGUGAACCUUGACUCAGGUCAUAGAAGUCAUGCAGUGGAAGUGAACCUUGACUCACAUCAUAGAAGUCACGCAGUGGAAGUGAACCUUGACUCAGGUCAUAGAAGUCAUGCAGUGGAAAUGAACCUUGACUCACGUCAUAGAAGUCAUGCAGUGGAAGUGAACCUUGACUCAGGUCAUAGAAGUCAUGCAGUGGAAGUGAACCUUGACUCACGUCAGAGAAGUCAUGCAGUGGAAGUGAACCUUGACUCACGUCAGAGAAGUCAUGCAGUGGAAGUGAACCUUGACUCACGUCAUAGAAGUCAUGCAGUGGAAGUGAACCUUGACUCACAUCAUAGAAGUCAUGCAGUGGAAGUGAACCUUGACUCACGCCAUAGAAGUCAUGCAGUGGAAGUGAACCUUGACUCACGCCAUAGAAGUCAUGCAGUGGAAGUGAACCUUGACUCACCUUAUAGAAGUCACGCAGUGGAAGUGAACCUUGACUCACGUCAUAGAAGUCAUGCAGUGGAAGUGAACCUUGACUCACGCCAUAGAAGUCAUGCAGUGGAAGUGAACCUUGACUCACCUUAUAGAAGUCACGCAGUGGAAGUGAACCUUGACUCACGUCAUAGAAGUCAUGCAGUGGAAGUGAACCUUGACUCACAUCAUAGAAGCUGUGAAGUGGAGACAUCUUGCAAGUUCAAGGAUUGUGAACAGAGCUUCCUCGGUGUUGCACAGGAAUCUUAUAAAUGCACAGAAUGCGUAAAGAGCUUCAGCAAUAAGGCCGGUCUCACUCAGCAUCAGAAAACCCACAGCGGGACUAAAACAUUUACGUGCCCGAGGUGUCGAAAGAGCUUUGAUAGUCAAGCCAGCCUCAGAGGACACAGGGAAGCCCACAUCUUCACAUGCUUGGAGUGUGGGAAGCAUUUCAGCCUCCACGUGUAUCUCACGUUGCAUGAGCGGACGCACACCGGGGAAAGGCCGUUUACGUGCCCGCAAUGUGGGAAGAGCUUCCUCCAGAGAGCCCACCUUCGGGUGCACCGGAGAACCCACACAGGGGAGAAGCCACACUCCUGUGACGAGUGCGGGAAGAGCUUUGGCCAAAAAGGACACCUCGCGUUGCACCAGCGGAUCCACACGGGAGAGAAGCCCUACAAAUGCCCGACGUGCGGGAAGGACUUCCGCUACAGCGUCAACCUGGCGGACCACCAGCGAGUGCACACCGGGGAGAAGCCGUACGAGUGCGCCGAGUGCGGGAGGAGCUUCAGUUGCCGCUCCAAUAUGCGUUCGCACCAGAAAACCCACACGGGAGAGAAGCCGUUCAAAUGCAUGGAGUGCGGGCGGAGCUUCAGCCACAGCGCCAGCCUCAUCCAGCACCAUCGGAUCCACACCGGAGACAAACCUUUUUCGUGUUUGUGGUGCGGAAAGAGCUUCAGGACGAACACGGCUCUCAGUUUGCAUCAGAAGGCUCACGCGCAGCUGAAGCCGUACUCGUGCCUGGAGUGUGGCAAAUCCUUCCUCUACCGGUCGUACUUGAUGACGCAUAAGCGGAUCCACUCCGGAGAAAAGCCGUACCAAUGUUUGGAGUGUGGGAAGGCCUUCCACCAGCAACCGCACCUCGUGGCGCAUCAAAGAAUCCACACCGGAGAGAAGCCGUUCCAGUGCGCCGAGUGCGGGAAGAGGUUCAGCCAGAGCUCGCACCGCAAUUUCCACCAGCGGAUCCACACGGGAGAGAGACCCUUUAAAUGCUCGACCUGCGGGAAGAGCUUUCCGAGUAGAAGAAACCUUAAUUCUCACCAGCGGACCCAUACGGGGGAGAAGCCCUUCCAGUGCUUUGAGUGCAAGAAGAACUUCGGCCACAUGUCAGCCCUCCGUAUCCACCAACGAACGCACACCGGAGAGAAGCCAUACCCUUGCCUUGAGUGCGGGAAGACCUUCCGUUGUAGCUCAAGCCUGACCGCCCACCAGAGAGGCCACACCGGCGAGAAGCCCUUCAGAUGCUUGGAGUGUGGGAAGAGCUUUGUGACCGCCACAAACCUUGGGGCGCACAAGAGAGUCCACAGUAGAGUGAAGCCGUACGAAUGCUUGGAAUGUGGGAAGAGCUUUCGGUGGAGUGGCCAGUUUGCAUCUCAUCAAAGGACACACAUGAAAGAAGGACGAAGAUCCCAGGAGGAGGGUCCCGUGCCUUUCGGAGAAGGGGCUGCGCGUGGAGGAAGGAUGGAUCGGGGCCGCCCGUCCACGGAGGUCUUGAAGGAGGAACCGGAUUAUGGUCAAAAGAGGGGUCCUUCUCCAGGGAUGUCCUUGAGAUCUUCUCAGUGGAGAGUGAAGGAUGGAGAAGGAAGAGGAGGAGGAGGCCUGGAGAGGCGGCCAAGGAAGGACAGGACCCUCCCGGAUCAGGAUGAAGGCUCCUCUCCAAUCUCAAAUCAGAAGGGAAUUCAUACAGAGAAGAAACUGGAAUGUGGAAAGAGCUUCACUGAAAGUGGAGGCGUACAUUCAUAUCCAAGAACACACCCUGUGAAGAAAGCCUAUAAAUGCCUGGAGUGUGGGAAGAGCUUCACUCGGAGGGCAUACCUACAGAGACAUCACAGAAUUCACACUGGGGAGAAACCCUAUGAAUGCUUGGAGUGUGGGAAGAGCUUCACUGACAGUGGACAUCUGCGUUCCCAUCAAAGGACCCACACUGGAGAGAAGCCCUAUAAAUGCCUGGAGUGUGGGAAGAGCUUCACUCGGAGGGAACAUCUACAGACACAUCACAGAAUCCACACUGGGGAGAAACCCUAUAAAUGCACAGAGUGUGGGAAGAGCUUCACUGACAGUGGACAUCUGCGUUCCCAUCAAAGGACCCACACUGGAGAGAAGCCCUAUAAAUGCCUGGAGUGUGGGAAGAGCUUCACUCGGAGGGAACAUCUACAGACACAUCACAGAAUCCACACUGGGGAGAAACCCUAUAAAUGCACAGAGUGUGGGAAGAGCUUCACUGACAGUGGACAUCUGCGUUCCCAUCAAAGGACCCACACUGGAGAGAAGCCCUAUAAAUGCCUGGAGUGUGGGAAAGGCUGUGCUCAUUACAUCACUCUGAAAGAGCACCAGAAGAUCCACACUGGGGAAAAACCCUUUACAUGUCCGCAGUGUGGAAACAACUUCCGUAGUACUUCCACCCUCAAAUCGCACCAGAAGGUUCACACUGGAGAGAAACUCUAUGUGUGUCCCGAAUGUGGAAGACCCUUUGCUCAUAAGGGAACCCUAAUUAUACACCGGCGGCUUCACACGGGGGAAAAGCCAUUUGAAUGCUCUGAUUGUGGGAAGACCUUCCAUCAGAGACCGCACCUCGUUGUGCACCGGAGGGUUCAUACGGGGGAGAAGCCCUACCAGUGUGAUGACUGUGGAAAAACCUUUACUCAGAGAAGCCACCUUACCGUCCACCGGAGAAUCCACACGGGAGAGAAACCUUACAGCUGUAUGGACUGUGGGAGGACCUUUGCAACGAAGAUAACCCUUGGGUAUCACCAAAGAACCCACACGGGAGAAAAGCCCUACACGUGUUUGGAGUGCGGGAAAAGCUUCAUCCAUAACUCAGCCCUGAAUUCGCAUCGGAGAACCCACACCGGGGAGAAGCCGUAUUCCUGCUAUGAGUGCGGAAAGAGAUUCAGAUGUGGGUCGGAUCUCACUGUUCACCAGAGGAUCCAUUCUGGGGAGAAACCGUAUCGAUGCUCUGAGUGUGGGCAGAGUUUCGGUUAUAGCAGAAAACUUGCUGCGCAUAAAAGGGUUCAUAAGGAAGGGAAUCCAUAGACUUCACGUAUUGGGACAAAAUACUCUUGUACAUCAAAUGUGUCCAUGUCAAGGCCCAUGGGCCCGCCAUAUGAUUUUAUUGAUACAAUAACGUAGAUAGGGUUUUUCAUUCUCAAUUAUAUUUUGUUUGACGUAUCGAAUCAGAGAUCCUUGUUCUCUUUCCUCUUGGAUGUAUCCAUCUUUUAAUAAACUCUUUUACUCAUUAAA